AUGUCCGCGAAGUCUAUCCUCGAGGCCGAUGGCAAGGCCAUCCUCAGCUACCACCUCACUCGUGCUCCCGUCAUCAAGCCGACCCCUCUGCCGCCCUCCUCCACACACAACCCGCCCCCUCGUCUCGCCUCCCUCCACUUCCCCGAAGACAAGGCCGUCAAGGAUGUCCUUGACCAGGCUGAGGUCACCUACCCGUGGCUGCUGACCCCCGGCGCCAAGCUCGUCGCGAAGCCCGAUCAGUUGAUCAAGCGUCGCGGCAAGAGCGGUCUGCUCGCCCUGAACAAGACCUGGGCCGAGGCCCGUGAGUGGAUUGAGGCCCGCGCUGGCAAGGACGUCCAGGUUGAGACUGUCACCGGUGUUCUGCGCAACUUCCUGGUUGAGCCCAUGGUCCCCCACCAGCAGUCCGAGGAAUACUACAUCAACAUUAACUCCGUCCGUGAGGGCGAUUGGAUCCUGUUCACCCACGAGGGUGGUGUUGACGUUGGUGAUGUCGAUGCGAAGGCCGAGAAGCUCCUCGUCCCUGUCAACCUCAAGAACUUCCCCUCCAACGAGGAGAUUGCCUCUGCUUUGCUGAGCAAGGUGCCCCAGGGCAUCCACAACGUUCUGGUGGACUUCAUUUCCCGCCUCUACGCCGUCUACGUCGACUGCCAGUUCACCUACCUCGAGAUCAACCCUCUGGUCGUCAUCCCCAACGCUGACGCCACCUCCGCCGAUGUCCACUUCCUCGACCUGGCGGCCAAGCUCGACCAGACCGCCGAGUUCGAGUGCGGUACCAAGUGGGCUAUCGCUCGCAGCCCCGCCGCCCUGGGUCUGCCCACCCUCGCCAACACCGACGGCAAGGUCAACAUUGACGCUGGUCCGCCAAUUGACUUCCCCGCCCCCUUCGGUCGUGAGAUGAGCAAGGAGGAGAAGUUCAUCUCCGACAUGGACGCUAAGACCGGUGCUUCCCUGAAGCUGACCGUUCUCAACGCCAGCGGUCGUGUCUGGACCCUGGUUGCUGGUGGUGGUGCUUCGGUUGUCUACGCCGACGCCAUUGCCUCGGCCGGCUUCGUCUCCGAGCUGGCCAACUACGGAGAGUACAGUGGUGCGCCCUCCGAGGGCCAGACCUACUCCUACGCUAAGACCGUUCUGGACCUGAUGCUCCGUGCUCCCCAGCACCCCGACGGCAAGGUCCUCUUCAUCGGUGGUGGUAUUGCCAACUUCACCAACGUCGCCUCUACCUUCAAGGGUGUCAUCCGCGCCAUCCGCGAUGUCGCUCCCGUCCUGAACGAGCACAAGGUCCAGAUCUGGGUCCGCCGUGCUGGUCCUAACUACCAGGAGGGUCUGAAGAACAUCAAGUCCGCCGGUGUUGAGCUGGGUCUAGACAUGCACGUUUACGGCCCUGAGAUGCACGUCAGUGGUAUUGUGCCGCUGGCUCUGCAGGGCAAGAAGACCGACAUCAAGGAGUUCGGCGCUUAA